GUUCGCGCUGCGGCGGGAGGCGGCGGCCAGGGUGGGAGGUGUGUGCGCGCGUGUGCCGCGCGGUGGGGAGCUGCGGGUCGCACCGCCCGCUGUCAGCUAGUGCGGCGCAGCCGCCCGAUGGCCGGAGGACGAGCGCGGGACCUGCCCGGUGGGGCCGGCCGCGGGUGAGCCCCUCUGCCUGUCGCCUGCGAGCAUGUCACCUCCAGCCUGUGCUGUCGCUUUCGCUAGCAGUGUCCGCGCCCCCGCCUCCCGCAGCCACAGUCGCUGCCUGGAGCAUUGGCCCCCGGACCCCCACCCCUGAUCCACGCCCAGACUCCAGUCCGGAGGACCAUGGCUGGCCAGGGAGACUGCUGCGUCAAGGUGGCCGUCAGGAUCCGGCCCCAGCUGUCCAAAGAGAAGAUUGAAGGCUGCCACAUCUGUACCUCUGUCACCCCCGGGGAGCCCCAGGUCCUGCUGGGGAAGGACAAGGCCUUCACCUAUGACUUUGUUUUUGACCUGGAUACCUGGCAGGAACAGAUUUAUUCAACCUGUGUGAACAAGCUCAUUGAAGGCUGCUUCGAGGGCUACAAUGCCACAGUACUGGCCUAUGGGCAGACGGGGGCCGGGAAGACAUAUACUAUGGGCACCGGCUUCGACACAGCAACAUCGGAAGAGGAACAAGGCAUUAUCCCGAGGGCCAUUGCACACCUCUUCAGGGGUAUCAACGAGCGCAAGCGGCGGGCACAGGAACAGGGCGUGACUGGACCUGAAUUCAAAGUCAGCGCUCAAUUCCUGGAGCUUUACAAUGAGGAGAUCCUUGACCUGUUUGACAGUACCCGUGAUCCUGAUGCCCGCCACCGCAGGUCCAACAUCAAGAUCCAUGAGGAUGCCAAUGGUGGCAUCUACACCACAGGUGUGACUUCUCGUCUUAUCAGCUCCCAGGAGGAGUUGAUCCAGUGCCUGAAGCAGGGAGCCCUGUCACGUACCACAGCUAGCACACAGAUGAAUGUACAGAGCUCCCGCUCCCACGCCAUCUUCACCAUCCAUCUAUGCCAGAUGCGAGUGUGCACCCAGCCUGACCUGGUAAAUGAGACGAUGACUGGGCUUCCAGACGGAGCAGCCCCCACGAGCACCGAGUAUGAGACACUUACUGCUAAAUUUCAUUUUGUGGACCUGGCUGGCUCAGAACGACUGAAGCGGACAGGGGCCACUGGCGAGAGAGCCAAGGAGGGCAUCUCCAUCAACUGUGGCCUGCUGGCCUUGGGCAAUGUGAUCAGCGCUUUGGGGGACCAGAGCAAGAAGGUAGUGCACGUGCCCUACAGGGACUCAAAGCUCACUCGGCUACUCCAGGACUCCUUGGGGGGUAACAGCCAGACCAUCAUGAUUGCCUGUGUGAGCCCCUCAGAUCGGGACUUCAUGGAGACACUUAACACCCUCAAAUAUGCCAAUCGGGCUCGCAACAUCAAGAACAAGGUGGUGGUGAACCAGGAUAAGACCAGCCAACAGAUUAGUGCACUACGGGCUGAGAUUGCACGUCUGCAGAUGGAACUGAUGGAGUACAAGGCAGGCAAGCGGGUGAUCGGGGAGGAUGGUGCAGAGGGCUACAGUGACCUGUUCCGGGAGAACGCCAUGCUGCAGAAGGAGAACGGAGCCCUGCGACUGAGGGUGAAGGCCAUGCAGGAGGCCAUCGAUGCCAUCAACAACCGUGUCACACAUCUCAUGAGCCAGGAGGCCAACCUACUUCUGGCCAAGGCUGGUGAUGGCAACGAGGCCAUUGGUGCUCUGAUCCAGAACUAUAUCCGGGAGAUUGAGGAGCUUCGGACAAAGCUCCUGGAGAGUGAGGCCAUGAAUGAGUCCCUCCGCCGCAGUCUCUCACGGGCCUCAACUCGAAAUCCCUACUCCCUGGGAGCAUCUCCUGCUGGUCCAGCCUUUGGGGGCAGCCCAGCCAGCUCCAUGGAGGAUGCUUCUGAAGUGAUCCGCAGGGCCAAGCAAGACCUGGAGCGGCUGAAGAAGAAGGAGGUCAGGCAGCGGAGGAAGAGCCCAGAGAAGGAAGCCUUCAAAAAGAGGGCAAAACUCCAGCAGGAAAACAGUGAGGAGACUGAUGAGAAUGAGGCUGAGGAGGAGGAGGAAGAGCGAGAUGAGAGUGGCUGUGAGGAGGAGGAAGGGCGUGAAGAUGAAGAUGAGGACUCUGGCAGUGAGGAGAGCCUGGUGGACUCAGAUUCAGACCCUGAAGAGAAGGAGGUGAACUUCCAGGCGGACCUGGCCGACCUGACAUGCGAAAUUGAGAUCAAACAGAAGCUGAUCGAUGAGCUGGAGAACAGCCAGCGGAGGCUGCAGACGCUUAAGCACCAGUAUGAGGAAAAACUGAUCCUGCUGCAGAACAAGAUCCGAGACACACAGCUGGAACGUGACCGUGUGCUGCAGAACCUCAGCACCAUGGAGUGUUACACGGAGGAGAAGGCCAAUAAGAUCAAGGCAGAUUAUGAGAAGAGGCUUCGAGAGAUGAACCGGGACCUGCAGAAGCUACAGGCUGCUCAAAAAGAGCAUGCCAGGCUGCUCAAGAACCAGUCGCGCUAUGAAAGGGAGCUGAAGAAGCUGCAGGCGGAGGUGGCAGAGAUGAAGAAGGCCAAGGUAGCCCUCAUGAAGCAGAUGCGAGAGGAGCAGCAACGGCGACGACUGGUAGAGACCAAGAGAAACCGGGAGAUCGCACAGCUCAAGAAGGAACAGCGGCGGCAGGAGUUUCAGAUCCGGGCCCUGGAGUCUCAGAAGCGGCAGCAGGAAAUAGUCCUGAGGAGGAAGACCCAGGAGGUUUCUGCACUGAGGCGCCUGGCAAAACCCAUGUCUGAUCGGGUAGCAGGGCGUGUAGGAUUGAAGCCACCCAAUUUGGAUUCUGGGGCUGAAGUAUCUGCUAGCACGACUUCAUCUGAGGCUGAAUCAGGAGCCCGCUCUGUCUCCAGCAUCGUGCGCCAGUGGAACCGCAAGAUCAACCAUUUCCUAGGGGACCACCCUGCAGCAACUGUCAAUGGCACCCGUCCCGCCAGGAAGAAGUUCCAGAAGAAGGGGGCCAGCCAGAGUUUCAGUAAGGCUGCAAGACUCAAAUGGCAGUCCCUGGAGAGGAGGAUCAUCGACAUUGUCAUGCAGAGGAUGACCAUUGUCAACCUGGAGGCCGACAUGGAGCGCCUCAUCAAGAAAAGGGAGGAGCUAUUCCUCCUGCAAGAGGCACUGCGGAGGAAGAGGGAGCGGCUGCAGACUGAAAGUCCUGAGGAGGAGAAGGGGUUGCAGGAGCUGGCUGAGGAGAUUGAGGUACUGGCAGCCAACAUUGACUACAUCAACGACAGCAUCACUGACUGCCAAGCCACUAUCAUGCAGCUGGAAGAAACCAAGGAGGAGCUGGAUUCAACAGACACUUCAGUGGUCAUCAGUUCCUGUUCCCUGGCUGAAGCCCGCCUCCUGCUGGACAACUUCCUCAAGGCAUCCAUUGACAAGGGGCUGCAAGUGGCACAGAAGGAAGCCCAGAUCCGGUUGCUAGAGGGACGCCUGAGGCAGACAGACAUGACAGGCUCUUCCCAGAACCACCUGCUCCUGGACGCUUUGCGAGAAAAAGCUGAGGCACACCCAGAGCUUCAGGCCCUCAUCUACAAUGUGCAGCAGGAGAAUGGUUAUGCAAGCACAGAUGAAGAGGUCUCAGAGUUCUCUGAGGGGAGCUUUUCCCAGUCAUUCACUAUGAAAGGCUCUACCAGCCAUGAUGACUUCAAGUUCAAGGGUGAACCCAAGCUGUCUGCCCAAAUGAAGGCUGUGUCUGCUGAGUGCCUGGGACCCCCACUGGACAGCUCCACCAAGAACAUUACCAAGUCCCUGGCCUCCCUUGUUGAGAUCAAAGAAGAUGGAGUGGGCUUCUCUAUCCGGGACCCCUACUACAGGGACAAAGUUUCACGCACUGUCAGCCUGCCCACUCGGGGCAGCACUUUCCCCCGGCAGUCUCGAGGAGGCACAGACACAUCACCUCUGACCCGAAGGAAGUCAUAUGACCGAGGUCAGCCCAUCAGAUCUACAGACAUGGGAUUCACACCUCCAUCAUCUCCUCCCACUCGGCCCCGCAAUGACCGCAAUGUCUUCUCUCGUCUCACCAGCAACCAGAGCCAGGGGUCAGCACUGGACAAGUCUGAUGACAGCGACUCCUCUUUGUCGGAGGUCCUGAGGGGCAUCAUCACCCCCAUUGGAGGAGCUAAGGGUGCCCGGACAGCCCCACUGCAGUGCAUCUCCAUGGCUGAGGGCCACACCAAACCCAUCCUCUGCCUGGAUGCCACCGAUGAGUUGCUUUUCACAGGGUCCAAAGACCGUAGCUGCAAAAUGUGGAACCUGGUAACAGGGCAGGAGAUUGCAGCUCUCAAGGGCCACCCCAACAACGUGGUCUCCAUCAAGUACUGUAGCCACUCAGGGCUGGUGUUCUCUGUGUCCAGCUCCUAUAUCAAGGUGUGGGACAUCCGGGACUCAGCCAAGUGCAUUAGGACCCUCACGUCCUCAGGCCAGGUGAUCUCAGGAGAUGCUUGUGCAGCCACAUCUACACGUGCCAUCACCAGUGCCCAGGGGGAGCAUCAGAUUAACCAGAUGGCCCUCAGUCCCUCAGGCACCAUGUUGUAUGUCGCCUCUGGCAAUGCUGUUCGCAUCUGGGAGCUCAGCAGAUUCCAGCCCAUCGGCAAGCUAACCGGCCACAUUGGCCCAGUCAUGUGCCUGACAGUCACCCAGACCACCAACCAACAUGAUCUUGUAGUGACUGGCUCCAAAGACCACUAUGUGAAGAUGUUCCAGCUGGGUGACUGUGUGACAGGCACCAUUGGCCCCACCCACAACUUUGAACCCCCACACUAUGAUGGUAUCGAAUGCCUGGCUAUUCAGGGUGACAUACUGUUUAGUGGUUCCCGGGACAACGGCAUCAAGAAAUGGGACCUGGAACAGCAGGAACUCAUUCAGCAAAUCCCUAAUGCGCACAAGGACUGGGUGUGUGCCCUAGCCUUUGUCCCUGGCCGGCCCAUGCUGCUGAGCGCCUGCCGUGCAGGUGUCAUCAAGGUCUGGAACGUGGACAACUUCACACCCAUCGGUGAGAUCAAAGGCCACGACAGCCCCAUCAAUGCCAUCUGCACCAACAGCAAGCAUAUCUUCACAGCCUCCAGCGACCUAACGGUGAAGAUCUGGAGCAUGCGGCGGCUACCACCAGCCCACCCUCGAAGUUAGGACAGAGGGAGGCCAGACCCUCAGACCCAGCAGCCUACACAGUGUGGAAGGGAAGCUGUGGCCUGGCCUGACUAGACCAGCCAGCUUCACUGGGGACAAAGGGUAUGGCCCCUCUCUUGCUCUGCUUCCUCUCCCUUGCCUUCCCAUGGGAUACUGUCCCCUCUGUCCCUCUCCUGCCUCCUAAUGAAAGGAGAGGCUUGGGAGGGAAUUAAGCUGUGAAGCCAAAGGGCAUUAUCCCCCUCCCCCACCCCCCAGUCCCCUGCCUUCUCUCCACUGGCCACAUUGUCUCCUGCUGAGCCAACCCUGCCCUUCCUCCAGGCCCUCAGCCCAGGGCGGAAACUAUGAAGGAUAAGCAGUCCCAGCCCCAUCUCCAGUAAGCUAGCCUCCUCCAUCUAGCCUCCAGUGAGCUAGCCUCCUCCAUCAAGCCUCCAGUGAGCUAGCCUCCUCUGUCAAGCCUCCAGUGAGCUAGCCUCCUCCAUUUCUCCCAGCCCCUCCUCUGGAGCCACUGUAACUGCCUCUGAGCCCAACAAGGUAGUUCUCAGGUAACCAUGGAAAACCAGAUGUAGACAGCUGGGUCUUGCAGCUGACCCUGAACACUAUGGCCACCAACAUCUAAUCCCAGUGGGGUCCAGUCAUUCCUUAAGGCUCCCUUCUGGUGGGGCCACAGUGGAACUACUAGAUGAUUCUUUGGGGAGGGUCAGGAAUACUGCAGUUAUUUAAUUUAUUGGUUUUCAUUUUUGUUUUGCUGUUGCCUCCUGGAAACUGACUUGAAGUUUCUUCCCAUGUGUACUUUCCCUCUACUUUUGGGAGCCUUCUCUCUGUCACUCCAGGGUCCCCUCCUCUGCUGCUGCUCAGAGGAGGGAAAGGCCCCCUUCGCUCUUUGCAGCUCUGGCCUCGCCCAAGCUCUGACCCCCGGAUACCUUCCAGUACAGCCCGGGUCUCUAGGUCGCCUGAUGCCUCAGUGCCUUCCUCCAUCCUGGGGCCUGGCACCAUGCUGGGAAGCCUUAUGCCACCCAUGCCCACAGCCCACAUGUGUCUUCUAUUUGUGGGCCUCAUGACCAUAGCCCUGAAGGUCAGAGAGCCCAUCUCACAGCUCAGGGCUCCCCAGAAUCUGUGUGGUCCAAUAGGAAGCAGUUUGGUGAACCGUUCACUGGGUAGCAGCCUGGGUAAUGAGACUGCCUGCACCCUGCCUACCCUCCCCAUAGCCAAUUAUGUUUUCACUCCCCAAGGGGACAGGAGUCUCCCCAGCUUUUCCCUUUAGCUGUUCUGGAGAUAGGUUUUCAAGCCUUAAAACCAGCCUUGGCCAAAGGCCUUCCCAUCUAGAUUGCUAUAAGGAGGCCCUGACUCCUUGUUUCUUCCCCUGAGGCUAUGGACUCAGCUCCAGGGAUGAGCUUCAGGCUGAAUCCAUGUCUGGUGCCCCCUGUUGAAACAACUCUAAAUUUAUAGGAACAGGCCUCAGGAGGGGCCAGCUCCAUCUCUCACCCCUGGCUUCCCCUACUCUCAAGCUAGUCCAUACUGGUAUUCCAAUGUUUCACUGCUCUUGUGCUUUCUGGUCUCAGCCUGGGAGCCCUUAACUCCGAGGUACCUAUGCCCUCAGCUCCUCUCCGUCUGUGGCCAAGGCCACUGGCACCUGUCCGUGUGGGUCUGGUAUGGGAGGUUCAGACCCAGCUAAGGCUAGUGAGGCCAGGCCAUCUCUGAGCCCUUCCAGAGCUGACCCCAAGGCUGGGGCUAAGAAGGUUGUCUUGCUUGUCGGUGGCCCCUGCUGGACAUGAUGUUAAGUCUGGGUAAGCUGAUGUGCCUGUUGAAUGAUGCGUCUGGAAAACCGGUCAUCUGGAGCCUGGACAGUCUGUCUUCGAUGACCAGAAAUCCUCCUUCCUCUGCCCAUCCCAGGAGUACAAAGAAACUUCUUAGUACUCAGAAGUGACUAUGUCUUAUCCUCUACCACCCCCUCUAUCUGAAUGGAGACCCUGUAAGAAAACCCAGAACCUGUCUGCAUGACUGUUUACAAACUACAGAAACACAUGAGACUUACAUUCCGACCCUAUGGGCCGGGCUGCCCCAGCCCGGGGCACCUGUACUGUAUAGCUGCAAGGCCAGUUCUUGCAUGAAGUGUGUGGUCUUACAGCCCCGAGAGAGGUGCUCAACCGCCAUUGCCCCUUCUGCCAUUUCUGAUGGGUCACUACCUCAUGGCGGGGCUGCUCUGCUGUCCCGGCGAGUGUCAUUGACUAAACUUGAAGUACUCUGGAGCUCUGAGCCCAUCCUCCCCCAACCACUCUGAGCUGUGUUCUAGGAGCAUUGGAGUCCCUGCCCACACUUUCAGGGGAGUCCAAGGUACACAGUUAGGGGCAGGCCCCCCAGCUCCACUCAUUGCACAAGUGUUGUAAGUGUUGGAAGCACAAACUGGUUAUGAUUUGAGCACAAUGGCAGGGCUCUUGGCAGGCAAUAUAGGCAGACCUGGGCCCAGGAGGCUCCUCCCAGAUAGGUCGUGUCCUAAGUUAGACCAGGGAUGCCUGCAGGUCUGGGGCUGGCUUACCUGUGUACUUCUGAGACUCAUCGUGUUGUUUCUCGUGCACAUCCUAAGACUUGAGACCCAGGCCAUGUCUGUAUGCUGUGGGGCCCUCCUGAGACCUCCACAUCCCAGGCUUUUAAAAAGACCUGAACACAGGUUGCACCUCACCAUGCUAAGCCUAAAGGGCUUGGACCCAGGCUCCCAUCUCUUGGGUUAAGCCCCACAUCAAUACUUCCAAAGCUGAUUGGCUUCCAUCUGGAUGGAACAUCUGUACUGUCCCCCAUUCCUUGGGCCUUCUCUGCAUAGGCCUGGGCCUGGAUCCAUUCCAGUAUUAACUAGUUCAGUAUUUGCUCUCAUUGGAAAGAUUUGACCACAGCAGCCAGUAUCCUGGAAGGCUGUCCCCAAACCAGCCUUUGAAGACUGCCCAGGAGAGAGGGAAGGCAAGGAGGCCUAGGCUAGCCUAACCCAGUCUUUGAAGUGGUCAGAGUGCCACCACCAGCUAUUUGGGAAGGGACAGCUGUGGACCUGGGAGUAGCCUCCCACCCUAGCCCCAGCUACAGCCUUGGAAUUGUCUGCCCACCCAAGGCUGUGUGUGGCAUGGGCAAAGGGCAGUUAAAAGCACAAAACCACAUAGGGAAGAUACCGGCUUGCUGAGGCAUUUUCGUGCCACCCCAUGUGGUGGUGGCAUAGGCAGCCUCUGUGAAAGCAGACAUUUAUGUCUCUGUCCUGCCCUCUCCUAGUUCUUGGGGGCCUCCCCUGAGGCUGGGCUGGGUAUAGGCACAUCCGCUUGACUGUCCAUACCCUGCCUGUGUCCGGUAUGUUUUUAUGGGCAGGGCCUACCCUGCAGGAGCAGUGAAUUCCUUCCCACUGUGUGGCCCAAACCUGUGCCAUCUGUCCCUUUGUCCUCUCAAACAGGAAAGUGCUUGUUGCUUCCUUUGAUGGGCAUAGCCCUCACUCUCAGCGGCCAGUGCCCCCACAGGACUUCCUAAGUCCAGCUCCCCCUGCUUGACUUCCAGAUCUUCUAUAAGAACAGAAUCUGCAGGGAAAGUUCUGUCCCUUUUGCAUCUUUGUUCUGUCCCCUGUGUUCACUCCCUUUCAUCUCUAGCACCCAGAUCCACCCCCCUCACACCUCAGUUCAAUCCUUCAAACCUGUGUCCUGAAGGCUUUGCCAGAAAGGUAGGAAGCAGAUACUGCUGAAAAUCAGAGAUGAUCACUGAAGUCUUGGUGCCCUACCCUGCCCACCAGCUCUUUUCUAGCCAUUGCCCUUGCCCUGGCUUGCAGGGUCUCAUUUGGCUCAUGCGCUCCUCUGUAACAUGGUAGCACAAGGUGUAUAUAUGUUUUGUACCUCUGCUGAUGACUGUACAUAGUGUAUGAAAGUUAUUUAAGCUUCAUGCUGUAUAUUUCUGUUCUGGAAUUGGAUGUGUGUGUUCUAAGGACUUGUCAUAAAUAAAACUGGAAUGACCAUUGUCCACUGAA